AUGCACAUUCUCGUUGUCAACGACGACGGGCCGCCGUCGCCGCACUCGUCCCCGUAUGUGCACUCGCUGGUGCGCGAGCUUCAGGGGGCCGGGCAUGUCGUCUCGGUGUGCCUGCCGCACACGCAGCGCUCGUGGAUUGGCAAGGCGCACAUGAUCGGCCAGACGGUCAAGCCGCUCUACUACCGUCCCCCACAGCCGCCGCUGCCCGCUGCCGGCCUGACUCCGGUCCCGGGUGGUGCUGGUGGCAGCAGCAGUAACAAGAAGAACAGUGGCGAUGACGACGGCGACGACGACGAGGGCUCGCACGGCACCACGCACACGCGCCCCAGCACGCGCCCCGGCACCGAGGAGUGGAUCCUCGUCGACGGCACGCCGGCCUCGUGCGUGCAGAUCGGUCUGUAUCACUUCUUCCAGGACCGCGGGCCCGUCGAUCUCGUUGUGAGCGGGCCCAACUACGGCCGCAACACAACGGCCGUCUUCGCCCUCAGCAGCGGCACUCUGGGCGGCGCCCUCGAGGCCGCCGUCUGCCGCCGCCGCGCCAUCGCCCUGAGCUAUGCCUUCUUCACCCGCAACCACGACCCCGUCAUCAUCGCCGCCGCCAGCCGCCAGAGCCUGCGCGUCAUCGAGGCCCUGGCCGCCCAGUGGCCCGCCGACGGCAGCGCCGACCUCUACAGCGUCAACAUACCCCUCCUCGAGGGCCUCGAGCAGGGCAAGGUGCUCUACACGGCCAUGCUGCAGAACUACUGGGGCCCCGGCAGCUGCUUCACCGAAGUCGACGGCAGCGUCAACGGCGGCAGCGAGGAAGAGGAGCGCAUCCGCGAAGGCGAGGGCCUCGACGAGGAGCACGAAAAGGACGAAACGGCCGUGCGCAACGGCUGCCACUCCCACAAGCACUUCAAGUGGUCGCCGCGCUUCACCGACGUGUAUCGCAGCGUCGACGAGGCGCCCCCGGGCAACGACGGAUGGGCGGUCAAGGAGGGCCAUACCAGUGUAACACCGCUCAAGGCCAAUUUCUGGCACCCCUCAACACACUUACACGGUCAGGAGCUGCAAUUCGCAUCGAUAUCUGCCCCUAUUUCCUCAUCUCAAGCCGCAGAGGCCGCCGCACAGAGCAGCGAAGCCGACGCAGUGGCGGCCCUCCCGCACAGAGGAACGGCGGCCUCGUCGCCAUCGCCCCAACUCUACGCGCUCGUCGAUUACGGCGACGACUACGUGCAGCCGCUGAUCCUGUCGGAGCUCUCGGCGCUGCUCGCUCGCACCAAGACGAGCUGGCAGCUACUGAGCCCGCCGUCCCCGUCUCACGGCAGCCCGUCGCUCAACACACUGCUACCGCACCCUGACACGGACCGGGUGGUGCAGAUCGGGCAGUACGAGGCGCUCGAUUUCGCCUUCGCAGCCGCGCACCCGGCCACGGCGCGGCUCAACAGCUUCGUCAUCCGCAAGGCCCUCAUCCGCAAGCACUUCCUCUCAGCCACCGUCGACGCCUGGGUCGCCAAGCACCCCGCCUCGGUCCUGCGCACCCACGUCAAGCGCGCCGAGCCUUUUGAAGUUGACUACGCCGAGUUCCUCGACGACGCCCUCGUCGAGGCCUUUGACCUGCGUGCGAGCCUCGAGAGAAAUGCCGCACGCCAGCAGGCCACGGGGCGUAGCGGCAGCGUCUCGGAUGGGACGGAGGGCGAGAGUGUGGCGGAGCAGCAGCAAGGGGAAGGUGUCGUCACAGACGGCACUGGCGUUGGCCAAGUCGAUGACGGCCCCGUGGAGUGGUGGAUCCUCAAGCCCAGCAUGAGCGACCGCGGACAGGGCAUCCGGCUGUUCAGCACCAUGGACGAGCUGCAGGGGAUUUUCGACGCGUGGGAGGAGGAUGCGGGGCUGUCGGACAGCGAGGACGAAGACGACGAAGACGGAGCGCGAGACUACAUCACGACGUCGCACCUACGCCACUUCGUCGCGCAGCCCUACAUCGACCCGCCGCUGCUGCUGCCGGAACUCGGCCGCCGCAAGUUCCACGUGCGCGUCUACGUGCUCGUCGUCGGCUGCAUGCGCGUUUAUGUCUACCGCGACAUGCUGGCCCUGUUCGCCGCCAAGCCGUACCAGAGCCCCAACGACCAUCUCCUCGGUAGUGGCGAAGGCGACGGCAUCGACCUCGACGCCCACCUCACCAAUACGUGCCUGCAGGACGAGACUGCCACCGACACAGUCCACCGCUUCUGGGACCUGCCGCUGCCCCACGGCGGCAAGCCCUCUACUACAAGUACUACUACAAGUACUAUAGCAACAGACACCAACGAAGUCUCGCUGGAAAACAUCUUCGCCCAGAUCUGCGCCGUGACAGGCGACGUGUUCGAGGCAGCCGCCCGCGAGAUGGUGGUGCACUUCCAGCCGCAGGAGCACGCGUUCGAGGUGUUUGGGCUCGACUUCCUCGUCGACGCCGCAGGCGCCGCCUGGCUGCUCGAGGUCAACGCGUUCCCCGACUUCCGGCAGACGGGCGCCGGGCUGAGCGGCGUGGUCGCGGCGUUCUGGCGCGGGGUGCUGCGGCGGGCUGUGUUGCCUUUUGUUGUUGUUGAUGGAACUAAUGAGGGAGGGGAUGAUGAUGAUGGUGGUGGUGAUGAGGACAUGAUCUUGGUUCGUGACGUCGAUCUCGGCCGCCGAUGGGGCGGCGGCGGUGGCGGUGGGUCGGCUUAG